GCCUUCAUUUCCCUUCAAGAGCCACAUACUCUUUGGCCUGCAUCACGGAAUGACGGACGGGACGAGUAACAUGAAUAUUAUGGGGUUCUUCAUUUCCUUGCUGAAUGAUGUCAUUUCUGAGAAACCCAUCAACGACCAAGAAUCGUUGGGCCAUUUUGCAUCGGACGAAGAAACUAUGAACCUGAUUAUGGAAGGAAAAGCGGCGCUAGAAGAAAACCCCAAGAUAAGAAAAAAGAUCGAAGAUGAUAUUCUUUUCCAGGAUAGCCACACGCCAUUCUUGGUGAAAUGUUUCACUCCGACUGGAAAAGAGGAGCGCACGCCCUCCAUAGUGAGGGUCCUUGAUGAAGAUGUCACCUCCAAAUUUAUCCAGAGGUGCAAGCAGGAAAAAGUAACAGUUGGGUCUGUGUUCACAGCAGUGGUCAACAUGGCCAUUGUUGAUGUCUUGGUUGAAUAUGGUGUCACUGAAGAUUCGUAUUUAAUCGGGAAUUUCCAUACAAUAAAUUUUCGUCGGUUUUGGAAACCAAAGCCUUCGGUGCCCCUAGGGUUACAUGUGGGCUACCCGAUCAGGCUGUUUUCGGACACCCCUAGGAAUAUUCAUAAAAAAUUUUGGGAGUAUGCUAAAACCAUUGGAGAAAGUAUGAGAGAUUAUGUGUUUUCGGGUAGAAUGUUUGCAGAAAAAGCUUACUCCAUGUUCCGUUGCAAAAGAUCGUCUCAGCCCAAGGACCGUGUACCCUGUGAUUACAUCACCUCCAACAUGGGUGAUGUCACUCGCCUAGUUACUGAGGGAGGAGAUCACGUUAGGAUCACUAGAGUGGUUCGUGGUACCACGUUCCACGUGCGUCCAUACCCUGUUAUUGUCAACAGCCAUACUUUCAGAGGCAUAUUCACCGUCAUCUUUGAGUAUAACGAAGCUAAGCUUCAGCCAGAAGUGGCAGAGAAGCUGUGUUACAAAAUAGUGAAGUUAUGUCGAGAAGUGUCACUUUGAACUUUUGCUUACCAGUGGAGUCUGGCCCUGAACAAAGGAGGAACAAAAAGCUAGCGUUGGAAAAGUUGUAUUCGUUGUCACUGACACUGAGAAUUGGUAUGGAAUGACGAAGAGGUUGUUGCAGAUGCGUUAUUACAGUCACUUAGGGUUGAGUUUUAGAACGGGACAAAGAUUGAGCAGACCAGAACAUUCAAAUAUAAAAAAUCAUGCUAUCAAUUGUAAAAUUGAGGUUAAGAAGCAGCACUUUUCCAUAUUAGCGUAUUCUAAGGAUGCAGAUUAUCUGACGACCUUAGAGUCAUUAUAUAUUAAAAGACUUGUUCCAUCGUUAAAACGGGCUGG